CUUCGGCGCUCUUUUAGCAGGGUUUCCAGGUUCCGCCAUUCGGGUUCUUCGCCGACCUCCAAGUUUCCGACGCGCGCUAGAGCUGUUUGUGAGCACAGGAGGAAGCGAUGGCACCUCCACAGCCGAAGACGGGUCUCUUUGUCGGGCUGAACAAGGGGCAUAUUGUCACCAAGCGGGAGUUGCCCCCUCGCCCUUCCAGCCGGAAAGGGAAAACCAGCAAGAGGGUCCAUUUUGUCAGAAACUUAAUCAGGGAAGUUGCUGGGUUUGCUCCUUAUGAGAAAAGAAUUACGGAGCUUCUCAAAGUCGGAAAGGACAAGCGUGCUCUGAAAGUGGCAAAGCGAAAGUUGGGGACACACAAGAGGGCCAAGAAGAAGCGUGAGGAGAUGGCUAAUGUUCUGAGGAAGAUGAGGUCUGCUGGAGUGAGUGAGAAGAAAAAGUAGUGUGGAUUUGCAGCUAGACAGUUUCAGAAAUAGAUGAGGCACUAGGUUCCAAUUCUGUAGGAAACAGUGACAUGAUUUUUAUGUGUUCUGUUCUGUGAGCUUCUACUUAAUCAGACGAUUACUGCUGAAGUAGUUUCUUCGGCCACCAUAAAUUUUGACAUGACAUGAUUUAAUUGCAUCCGAGUUCGUUUA